AGCAGUCCUAUAUAUGUUAAAUAUGUUGCAGUAUAUCCUAGAUACAAUACAUAUUUGCAGAACCGAACAGUUCUCCUGUUGCGCACAGGGAGAAUUGGAUUCAGAAGGUAAAAAUAGCUCGGGAAGAAAAUCAUAGAUAUAUGCAUAUUGUCCUUCCCCAUUUUAGAAUAUAAGCUCCUCGACGGCAGGGACAGCUUUGCUUCUACAUCCCAGCUUUUGGUCCAGUGCCAGUCCCGUAGUAAGUGCUUAAGAAAUGCUUGUUUGGUGAAGAAAUUGACCUAUGAAAGCUGAAACUUUUGGUAGCACAAUCGUAGGCCCACAAUAAGUGCCUAAUGAGUUGUUGUCGCGACUUUUUGAUGGCGUCACGGUCCCCUAAGGCAGUCUGGUAAAGCCUGUAAGCCCUUUCUCUGAAGAUUGUUUUUUAAUUCUUAAGUAAAACGCACAGGUAAUUAUUAGAAGGGAACCCAAUUACUCUGAAAUGCAGUUCUCAGAAUACUCCGUUAAGAGCCUGUGCGGCUGUGGGCUCCCAGGUUGGCGGGGCCGCGAUCCCCACCCCCGGACACGGUGGCGACGCCACGGCGCUUUCCGUCCCGGUAGAAGGCUCGGCGUGCAAUUUAGCAAGCGGAAGCGACGGCGCCCGAGUCACGUGGUGGCAGGAUCAGGAACGUGGCAGGGGGCGGGCCAGAGAGCGAACGUGCAGCGUCCUAGCCUCUGCUGAAUGGGUGGCCACGGCCGCGGCGACGGCGGCGGUAGCGGUAUGAGUGCGCGGCGGCGCUUUGCUGGAGCCGCGGCCAGUGCUUGCCUCUCCCUGGUAGCACGCGGAGGCGUCGGGUGGUGAAAGCGGCUGCGAGGGGAGGAGGAAGGCGGCGGCGGCGGCGGCGGCGGCAGCAGCAGCAGGACGAAAGCGGUCGGAAGGUGGCCGGAGUGGGCUCUUGUGGCGACUGUAGCUGUUGCCCUUGGGCCAGACUCUCCCGAGCCGGGGAAUCAUGGCAUCUCUAGUCCAUACUGUGCAGGAGAAUGGGCGCAUAGCUGCCGGGCUCCUGCUCAACCUGCUGGUCUCCAUCUGCAUUGUUUUUCUUAACAAAUGGAUCUAUGUGCACUACGGCUUCCCCAACAUGAGUCUGACCCUGGUGCACUUCGUAGUGACUGGGCUGGGCUUGUACAUCUGUCAGAAACUGGACAUUUUUGCCCCUAAAAGUCUGCAGCCCUCCAAGCUGCUGCUCCUGGCCCUCAGCUUCUGUGGCUUUGUGGUCUUCACCAACCUCUCUCUCCAAAACAACACGAUAGGCACCUAUCAGUUGGCCAAGGCCAUGACCACCCCUGUGAUCAUAGUCAUCCAGACUCUGUUCUACAAGAAAACCUUCUCCGCCAAAAUACAGCUCACUCUGAUACCCAUAACUUUAGGUGUCAUCCUAAAUUCUUAUUACGAUGUGAAGUUUAAUUUUCUUGGAAUGGUGUUUGCUGCCCUUGGGGUGGUAGUUACAUCUCUUUAUCAAGUGUGGGUGGGAGCCAAACAGCAUGAGCUGCAGGUGAACUCCAUGCAGUUGCUAUACUACCAAGCACCAAUGUCCUCUGCCAUGUUAUUAAUAGUCGUGCCCUUCUUUGAACCUGUAUUUGGGAAAGGAGGAAUCUUUGGCCCCUGGUCAUUUUCUGCCUUGCUUAUGGUUCUGCUAUCUGGGAUAAUAGCCUUUAUGGUAAAUUUAUCCAUAUACUGGAUCAUUGGAAAUACUUCACCAGUCACGUAUAACAUGUUUGGACACUUCAAAUUCUGUAUUACUUUAUUUGGAGGAUAUGUUUUAUUUAAGGAUCCACUGUCAAUUAGUCAGGGACUUGGCAUUUUAUGCACAUUAUUUGGCAUUCUUGCCUAUACUCAUUUUAAACUUAGUGAGCAGGAAGGCAACAGGAGCAAAUUAGUACAGCGUCCUUAAGGGAGUUUUCAUAGAGAAAAUAUAAUUGCCACAUGUGCACUGAUUUUUAAAAUAAUAAACAAAAAAUUAAUUUCAGAAUCACCACAGUAGAUUCUACUACCAGAAUAUAAAAAUAAAUCAUAUUUUUACAUAUUAAAACUGAUUUUGAAUAUUUAAAUAAUUAAUUUCUCAAAGCAAAAAUGGCCCAUAUUAAAUUUUAGAAGUCAUCUUUUUGAUCAUAAAAGAUGACUUCAUCCAAAUAAAUACAUCAAAAUUAAAGUUAUUAUAAUAAAUCUAAAGAAAUUUUUGCUAGUACCACAUAUAGUUGUUUUUUGUUUGAACAAACCAUUGAACCAUUAAUGACACAUCUGUUUUCUACAGUAUAAAUUUUCAUUUACUAUAGGUUUACAUAUUAUUGGUAAUUUCUCAUUGAGUAGCAUAUAUAUUAUCACUCUGGGCAAAAACUUAAGAUCCAUAGAUUUGGUUUAAUUUCAGGAUUCAUUUGGAGAAAUCAAAUUAAAAGUAAAAUAGAUAAGAUGUCGAAGACAAAUUUCAGUCCCAAAUUAAAUUUUUUUGAGGAUGUGAGGAAUAAGUUAAUGCAGAGAGAGGUAAAUUGUUAGGAAAUUAAAGCUUUCUUAUCUUGAGUCUUGCUUUAGACCUUUUAAAUUGUAUACCUGGUUCAGUGAAACAAAUGUACUUUUAGAUUCAUAGAAAAGUGCCAACCCAGGCUCUAAGUGAAAAUGGGUAAAAUGAAUAUUGGAAAUAACUAUAAUAAUGAUGAUGACUAAAAUGAUACUAAGCCAAGAAUUUGUAGUGUUUUCCCAUUUUCCUUGGCAAGCUAAAUAUUAAGCAUUUCAUAGCUACAGCUUUUGAAGCAACAGAUAAAGAUUGAGAGACUCUAAGAAUGCUCCCUCUCCCUUUGACAUCAGAUAUCAAUGUGAACUAUGCCUAAUCAAAAAAGGUGGCAGAAAGAAUCUGAAGCAGUGAGUUGAAGCAGAAACUGUUCAAAAUCUCAGGAAUAUCUAGAGAGAAAUAAGGAAGAAAGAUUGGAAAAAGUAAUUUGACCUCGAGAAUAAUUUACAUUGUAAUUAUUUUCCAGGACAGCUUGUGAUGGAUUAAAAAAAAAAAAAAAAAACUUAAAGACAGAAUUUAGAAAGGCCAGUGAAAAGAACAAUUGUUAUUAUGAUAAGGGAGGAAAUAUUGUGUUGUAUACUUAGGAUAGCUUAUUAUGUAUAAUGGUUGAAAUUGGAGUUUAGAUAGAGUAUUUUAAACUAUCAAAGUUUACAAUGCCUCUAAGACUUUUAGGGCACUUUGUAUAAGGUAGACGAGAGUGAUAUUAAUUGUCUCUCACAAUAAAGGGAACUGCAUAAUUGUUUUGUUUUUUUCCUUAAGAAAAAACAUUUCUAAGCAUUGUUAUCUGUUUACUUUUUUCCAAUUUUAUGUAAUUUUAAUUUUAUGUAAUUAAUUUUAAUAUUAAUUUUUAAAAAAUUUGAGUUCCAAAUUCUUUCUCUCUCCUCCCCUCUUCCUAAGAUUCCAAUCAAUGUGACAGAGGUUUUAUGUGUUAAACAGUGUUAUUUGUGAGAGGCAGUGUGGCACUGUAGAUGAAGAGCCUUGCCUUAGAGGCAGAAAAGACCUGGUUGGAUAACCUGUUCCUGACCCAUACUAGUUAGGUGACAUAGGCAGAUCUCAACCUCUUGGUAUCUAAGGCAAUACUUGGAUUCUGGAUCUACUUCUGAAGAAGUAAAUUGCAUACAAGGAAUUCUCUGCACUGAUGAAAUUUAAAAAAAAUUCUUUGUACAUUUUGAGCAGCAGCAGCAGCUUGGUAAGACCAAGGGCUACCUAAAGUUAUAGUCUGUUCACAUUUUGAACUAUCUGACCUCUCUUCAAAUCUAUUUUGAUAGCAUUUCAGCUGCAAGUUUGUUAUUGUGUUUAUUUUUGUAUUUGUUUUUUUAAAAAACAUUCUUUGAUUCUUUCCAAUUUAUAGAACUGUUUAACUGUAGUAAGAAUUAUAAAGCAAUUUAUACAGAUCUGUGUUCUGUAUAAGUUUGAAUUUUAACAUAUGCCAUGUUAAAAUAAAAAUAAGCUACUGGCAAGGGUUAUCAGUACAAUAACGAUGAAUUGUAAAUUCUACACUAUAUGCAUUGAUUUGUGCUGUGCACAAACUUUUUAUCAUAAAUAAAAGUGGGGUCAUUUUUAGGGUUAAGCAAUGGCAGAAGGGAGGCGGGGUGGGAAGGAACAUGCUAUCUAUAAAUAUAUAAAUAAUAGUAGAAGCAUACAAUGUAAUCUAGAAAAACCACAUGCUCAGAAUGUGUUCUGCACAGAAGAUAAUCUAAAUGGCACGAGAUGGAAAAAUGCGCUUGGAAAUCCAAGAUUGAAAACAAGCCAGAAAGGCAAUAUGUUUGAAGACACAGUGGACAAAACUCUAAACUUAAAAAACAAGAUCUGCUUUCAAAUCCUGCCUCUAAAACCAGCUAAAUGUGACACUGAGCAAAUAACUUAACCUUUCUGAACCUCAGUUUCUCCAUUUGGAAAAUGGGGAUGAUUGCAUCUAUCUUACAUAGUUGAUGUAAGGAUCAGGUAAGAUAAUAUAUGUAAAAUGUUCUUCAAAUCUUAAAGAUUUAUACAAAUGUGAAUUAUUUUUGGAAGAAAACAAAAUUGGUCUUUUGGUUACUAAAAUGAUGAGAGCUUUCUUUAGUCACAAAGUAAGCAGUUUCUAUUUGGUAAGUAAAGCUUGAGGCAUUUACUUUAAUUUGUAGAAAUUAAAUGAUCCCAAGACCUCUUGCACUUCUAAUACCUUCUGUAAUGCUAAAAGGAAAUGUACAUGUAGAUUUCAUGAUAGUUUGCCUAGGUUACAAAUAUGUCUGGUAUGUUCAAAUACAAUUCUUGUCUUCCUAUUUAAAUAGUAUUUCAGGGAAAAGUAUGUUUAUCUAUCAAAAAAGCAUAUGCCUGGUUGUCAUUUAAAUUGUUGUUAAAAGUUGCCAAAGUUUGGUACCUUAAUGUCAGCAAAUUUUUAUCACUUUUUAAAAGUAUGGCCUUCCUCAUAUACAUGUCAUGGCCAGCAAUACAGCAAAGCAAUUAUCAGACCUCUGUUCCAAAGUUAGAGCUGUUCUUAUUGAUAGCAUUAUUUUAAACAAAGAUAAUGUUAUUUUAACUCUUUGAAUAAAAAUAAUCUCCUUUUUAAGGAAAAGACUUUUCUUUUUAAGUAUAAUUGAUUGCUGGGAAUAAGUUGAAGCAAUGAGAGGACCCAAGUUUUAAAAUUAGUAUGAUCAAGAGCACCAUUCCUCUUGGUUAUUGAUGAUAAAGUGAAUAGAAUGUCAGCCCUGGAGUGAGGAAAACUCUUCCUGAGUUCAAAUCCAGCCUCAGAUACUUAACUGUGAAGCUCUGGGCAAGUCACUUCAGCAUAUUUGCCUCAGUUUCCUCAUCUGUAAAAUAGAAGUAAUACUAGCACAUGCCUCAUAAGGCUGUUAAAAGGGUCAAAUGAGAUAUCUGUAAAUCACUUAGCAUAAUUCCUGGCACAUAUUAGAUAUUUAAUACUUAUUCCCUUCUCCCUUCUAUCACCCACAGUAAACUUUCAUUUGGCUUAAACAUACUGAGUUCAGAGGGAAUCCUAGCUAGAAUAAAAAUGUGCUAUAGCAGACUCCUCUUGUUAAGGUUCAAGGGGGACUUCAAAAAUGUUGGGCUUCCAGACCCAUGUUGUAAGGCAUCUCAAAAAAUUUGCAGGCUUGGACUCAAGUCAAGAAGUAAAAUUUAUUAUAAUUGUAAUGCCAAUUACAAUUGGCUAAAUUCCCAAAGAAAUUAGCAAAGAUCUUCAGUUGAUAAAUAGUCAAAAGAUAUGAACAUUAAUUUUCAGGUAAUGAAAUUAAAGCUAUUUAUAAUCAUAUGAAAAGAUGCUCUAAAUCACUAUUGAUGAGAGAUGCAAACUAAAACAACUCUGAGGUACCACUACGUAUCUCUUGGAUUUACUAAAAUAAGAGGGAAAAAAUAAUGAUAAAUGGUGGAGGGGAUGUGGGAAAACUGGGAAACUAAUGCACUAUGGGGGGGGGGGGGUUGUGAAAUGAUUCAGCUGUUCUGGAGAGUAAUUUGGAACUAUGCUCAAAGGACCGUGAAACUGUGCAUACCCUUCUGAUCCAGCAGUGUCACUACUGAGUCUGUAUCCCCAAGAAAUCAUAAAAGAGGGAAAAUGUUUAUAGCAGCUCUUUUUGUGAUGGCAAAGAAUUGAAAAAUGAGUAGAUGUCUAUCAAUUGGAGAAUGGCUAAAUAAGUUAUGGUAAAUGAAAGUAAUGGAAUAUUAAACUGUGGAGACUGAA